AUGUCCCCGGAUUCCCUCGUCCUCCCCCUGCAAUCGCCGAUCAGUCGUUCCACUGUGGAUAAGACGUCUGGCAGGCGGAGAAUAGCACUUGUGGUGGAGUUCACCUCAGCAUCGUCCAACGAAAUCGAUUCUGGUGCAGCUGCGCCGCCUAUCUCAUCCCGCUCUCUCAUCGACAGUUACACUUUCCCGAUACAGUCCCCACUAGGUCCAGAAGUCCCAAAAUGCGAGCAGCUCUCCUUCCUGCAUCUUCAUUGGCUUGAGACCACAUGUUCUCGUCCCCUACAAGGUUGGGAGAGGCGUGCUAAAGAUGCCAAAGACAAUCCGUCCGUCGUGCCGCAUAAAAGGCUCUUCGAACCCCAGCUGUUGGCAUCGAUUCAUGCUUCUAUCCUUCCAUCUCCAAUCUAA